UUUUAACAACAUUGAAACAUGAAUUCUAAAACGUACGCUGAAUCUGUCAAACAUAUUAACAACCAAAUCCCCACGAGCUCAAAACAUCAAGAAGCGAAACCAGAACACAAAUCGCAAGAAGAGAAUGAACAUUAUUUACCAGAAAAGUCACUUUACAUUGCACCUUUACCGAAAACCGUGUCUCCAGGGUAUUUAGUAAAGUUUCUUCAUCAAUUUGGAGCAGUCAAGAGACAACAUUUUGCACGGAACUCCUUUUGGAUUGAAUAUAACGACAGCAAACCUGUUGAUAUUUUAUUGAGCAGAUCAAAUUGGCUGCCAAAUGAAAAAUUAUGUUUGAGAAGACCGAAGAAAAAUGGAGGAAAUUUUAACCAGGACAAUGUGCCGCAACAGAAAAAUACCAAGUCUGUCCGGAAAAAACCGGAGAAUAAAAUUGAGGAGGAAGAGGACCCGAUAAGUUACGACCGGAUAAAAAGUGUUUUCGAAAACGCAGUAACAUUUGAUAACCAACUGGCAGCACUUUUAAACACAGUGCAGCUUACAGAAUUUGAAUUGUCAGCAAGAUAUAACGUCAUUUGCACUCAUCUGGAUGAAAUAUUCAGGUCGGUUUUCCCAGAAUGUCAAACGUACAGAUUCGGCUCGACAGUGGCGCAAUUGAGUUUCAAAGAGAGCGACUUAGAUAUCUACAUGUACGUCGGUCGAAUCGGUUUACCGCCGAUCUAUAACAAACCGGAUAUUCCAUCGCACGUGUGGACGCCAAUAAUUUUCAAGAGAGUAAGAAGAGUCAUGUACAGCAUGAAAUCUAUAUUUUCCCACAUCAUAUCGAUCCCUAAGGCGAAAACACCUAUCAUUAAGUUCCGUUAUAUGCCGACUAAUGUCUCCUGCGACAUUUCCUUCAAGAACAGCCUAGGCAUCUAUAAAAGUAACUUUUUACGAUACUGCGCUUCGCGCGACCCACGACUAAGACCGCUGAUGCUGCUCAUCAAAUAUUGGGCAAGGCACUUUGGGAUUUCGGGUAGCGGCAGGAUCUCCAGUUAUGGACUAGUUUGUCUCAUUAUAUUUUAUCUUCAGCAAGAAUCAGUUGGUCUUCUUCCACCGUUAUUGGACCUCCAGAGAACCUGCGUCCCGCAGAUCCUGAAUGGCUGGCAAAUAAAUUUUAAUGAAGAUAUUUACACAUUACCGGCCGUUACCAAUAGCAGUAGUAUUGCACAGCUGCUUCACAAUUUCUUCUCCUUCUAUGGUAAAUUCAACUUUAAUUCGUGCGUGAUAUGUUUAUUGGAUGGAAAAGUAUAUCCAACAGCUGACUUUGCGCAGUUGGACAAGUUACCCGAUUACAUGAAUAGAUACAAAACUUACGUCGUGGAUAAUAGUGCCAAGAAAUUAGAUGUUCAGAAACCAGUAUGCGUGCAGGACCCGAUCGAACUUAAUCAGAAUACAGCCGCGAAUACGUCAGAUCGUGCAUUGAUAACGUUUCAACAUUGCUGCAAGUUUAGCGCCGAUGUCUGCGCGUCAGCUAGUGUAAAUAAUUACGAUUAUUUAUUGACCACGUUAUUCAGCACAAUUCCUCCUCAACUGAUGCAGCUGAAUAAAAAGAGGAAGAAGUUCAAAAAUGUACUAAAGGCUGGUUAUUUCAUCGAUGCUGGAUUACCCGAAGAUUUCGAGAAACGUACGGAUAUUGCCGAUAAAGAACAGUACAGGAAGGACAAUUGGUAUUUCGUCAUUUUUAACCUAAUAAGAGACAUCUUCGAAAUGAUUUUUAAGUUGCACGUCGAGGUGAUCCUCGAUCAAGAAACGAAGCAGCAGAAAAUCGACGCGUUGUCUGACGUGCAUACCAGAAGUCAUCAGAAAGUAAUGUUCCGCUGCACAGGGAACAAAUGCGUGUGGUACAACAGGAAGAAAAACAAUAGAACUCUUUUGGAUCUUCAGUUGAGCCUACUGGAGAAAGAGGCGAUCAUGUCGGACAAAGUGGUGGAGCAGCUAAACGAACACGAUAAGGCAAACCACAUAAGGCUGGAUUUCGUAUGUACAUUGGAAAAGGCGGACAAUCCCGUGGCGGUGGUCAUAGUGCUGAACGACGAGAACAGCCAGAAUCACAUCUUUCGGCAGUUCGAGUGCUUCGUAAAUAGCUGGAUACCAAAAAUAAUAAACAAGACGUUGGUGCACAUGCUGCAGUUCAAAAAGACCUACGAGCUGCUCUACCACCAACAACGAUCAUCAUGAUGCUGAGUGUACGUCGCACUUUCCGACAUGGACCAAAAGUUUAAGCGCUCUAUUCUGCAUAACUCGCCGUUAAUUUGAAAGUCAUAACUAUCUUGUUAAUAUUCCAUUUAUUUACUUUUAUCAUUGUGUGAUAUUUCCGAGCGUAUUCGUCCGAUUGGAUUACUUCAAAUUCACAAAUAGAUCUUUAGAGGGUCUUGAGAAAAUUAACCAGCUAGUUUGUAUUCUACAUCACAUUUCUCAAAAUAUUACACAAACACGCAUUACUAAUCAAUAUAAUUUAUUGAAGUUAUGUUCUGUGUUAGAUCUAUGAACAGGGGAGCGAUCACGUGCACCGAUCGAAUUCGAAUUCGAGAAGGAAUAUGCCAUCCGAUACCACUCUUCGUACAUGAACAAUCUAUGGUCUGGGAGAAACUAUCCUAUAAUAAAUAAGCAUGAACCAUGAAACCUGUAGAGUAGAAACGUAUGAGAAGUCAACCGAUCGAAUUCGAUCGUGUACGUGAUCGCUCCCCUGUACUCUCAUGCAGUAAGUAUAAUCGUGUAAUAUGGAAAUAUACAAGUUUUUACAAGCACA